UUACGUCGUCUUCCUUCCCCUCUCCGGAGCCAGCAGCAGCAGCAACAGCAGCAGCACAGGAGCUGCCGUGCCUCGUCUUUCACGGAGGAGAUCCCGAAAGCCGGAGUAAUAGCAAAACCCCAUACAGCCAUGGCAGAAAACGCCGGCUUGGAAAACCACCGCAUCAAGAGCUUUAAAAAUAAAGGACGUGAUGUUGAGACUAUGAGAAGACAUCGAAAUGAGGUGACGGUUGAGUUGAGAAAGAACAAACGGGAUGAACAUCUACUGAAGAAGAGAAAUGUCCCGCAGGAGGAGAGUCUGGAGGACUCUGAUGUCGACUCAGACUUUAAAGGACAAAACGUUACGCUUGAUGCCAUCUUACAGAACGCUACCAGUGAUAAUGCAGUUGUCCAGCUCAGUGCUGUACAGGCAGCCAGAAAACUGCUCUCGAGUGACAGAAACCCUCCUAUCGACGACUUGAUAAAGUCUGGGAUCCUGCCCAUUUUAGUGAAAUGCCUGGAAAGGGACGACAACCCGUCUCUUCAGUUUGAGGCAGCUUGGGCUCUGACCAACAUUGCCUCUGGGACGUCAGCACAGACUCAGGCUGUGGUUAAAUCCAAUGCAGUGCCCCUGUUCCUGCGACUGCUGCACUCUCCCCACCAGAACGUAUGUGAACAGGCAGUAUGGGCUUUAGGAAACAUUAUAGGUGAUGGUCCACAGUGCAGGGAUUAUGUCAUCUCCCUGGGCGUGGUCAAGCCCCUGCUCUCUUUUAUCAACCCAUCAAUCCCCAUCACCUUCCUCCGCAAUGUCACCUGGGUCAUUGUUAACCUCUGCCGCAACAAGGAUCCCCCGCCACCUAUGGAAACUGUGCAAGAGAUUUUGCCCGCCCUCUGUGUGCUAAUAUAUCACACCGAUAUAAAUAUCCUAGUAGACACAGUGUGGGCUCUGUCCUAUCUGACGGACGGGGGCAAUGAGCAGAUCCAAAUGGUCAUUGAUUCUGGAGUCGUUCCAUUUCUUGUGCCUCUCCUCAGCCAUCAGGAGGUCAAAGUUCAGACAGCAGCUCUGAGGGCGGUGGGUAACAUUGUGACAGGAACAGACGAGCAGACGCAGGUUGUGCUCAACUGUGACGUCCUCUCGCACUUCCCCAACCUGCUCACACACCCUAAAGAAAAGAUCAACAAGGAAGCAGUCUGGUUCCUGUCCAACAUUACAGCUGGGAACCAGCAGCAGGUCCAAGCUGUGAUCGAUGCUGGGCUGAUUCCUAUGAUCAUUCACCAGCUGGCUAAGGGUGACUUUGGUACACAGAAGGAGGCAGCGUGGGCCAUCAGCAACCUCACCAUCAGUGGGAGAAAAGACCAGGUGGAGUUUCUGGUGGAGCAGAAUGUCAUCCCCCCGUUUUGUAACCUGCUGUCGGUAAAGGACUCACAGGUGGUGCAGGUGGUCCUGGACGGCCUGAAGAACAUCCUCAUCAUGGCAGGGGACGAAGCCAGCACUAUUGCUGAGAUCAUAGAGGAGUGUGGAGGUUUGGAGAAGAUAGAAAAUUUGCAGCAGCAUGAGAAUGAAGAUAUCUACAAACUAGCCUUUGAGAUCAUUGAUCAGUACUUUUCAGGAGAUGAUAUUGAUGAAGAUCCAAGCUUGAUCCCUGACACCACUCAAGGAGGGACCUUCAACUUUGAUCCAGCUUCCAACAUGCAAACAAAGGAGUUUAAUUUCUAAAAGCCAGGAUGUUUGGUUCAACCAGCUGCACAGGUACUCUGUAAUCACUCCAGACAUUCAUCCAUCUCUCCUCAAACCUGGCAACCUGGUACCGAAGGAUUUACUUCCCAUCACUUCAACAAGGAAACUCACCACUGAAGGAUUUACCCACCCCACCUCUGCACUACGGGGUUAUUUAUUUAUUUUUUUUUUUUUUGGUUAAUGGUCAUCCUUCACCAAACAUGGCAACCCACCAUAGGAGUCCUGGUCUUACAACAGGCACUAUUAGCAUCUGGCAGCCUGCAUCAGGAGGGUUGUCAGUUUUCUCUGCCAGUGCUUUGAAAUAUCACACAAAAACCACAAUAAAACCAGAAGGAAGAAAAAGCCUUCGUGGCAAGAUUUAAUUGCCAAAUAUCUUCACUAAGACAAAAACACAAGCACAUUUCAAACACACAUAUAUACACUUUUUGACACUUAGGAUUUGAGUGCAUACUUCUGUUAGAAGCCAUUGUAUCACUUAUGGGGAAGAAAUACUGCUGUUUGUUUGUGGUUUAUUUUUGUGCUUUCCCUCCCCUGGAUUGUCCUCUGGUGUUACUUCACCUACGUGCACGCACACUGACAUACAAGUACACACGUCACCACACUUUAUUCACACAGAUUCCCGAUAGCCGGGCACCCCAAUAACCCUCUCUCACCCAGUUUAAAGAGUUAAUCCCAGAGCUAAGCCAUGAUCAACCACGGACCACCACCGCCCUCCCAGGGGGGAUGAAAGGGCUCCAAGGCAUAAAGAGGACUCCGUGGCACACUGACUGACGGGACUUCUUACUCAAUGACGUCACUUUUUUUUUUAAUGUGACCUCCGUUUAAUUAUCAACAUUUGUUUAAAAAAAAAAAAAAAAAAAAAAAAAAAAUCAUCAAAAAUGUGAAGAAAAUGCCAUUAUCUUUUUAAAUAUUUUUUUGCUUUUUUCAAUACAUAAAACUGUAAACCCUGCUAACUGCCUGCUUGUGAUUCAGCAGAGCGGAUGUCAAUACCUGUCACGGGAGGAAGCACAUUUAGGCGAAGGCGCAGAGACUUAAGAGAAGAGGAACAUGUCUGCUGUAGCGUUU